AUGGGUUGCGACUCUGGGAACCUGGGCUCCCUGUCCCGAGUGCAGCUGCUCCUCCUGGACCGAACAGCACCAGAGACCCUGCUGAGCCCAUCUGGUCUGGAGCAGACGUUCUCCCCGGUGCAGGACUGGCUUACGAUCCAGUGCGAGGAUCCUGGGUGGAGUUCAGCAGAUGACUUGAGGCCCUGCACGGCUGGCAGCAUCUCUGAAAGCUGGGACUCUGCAGGAAGAGUCCAGAGAUACAAAUCGGUUGGGUCUGAAGGUGGUUCUGGCUCCCCAUCAUCCUGGAUCAUAGACCCAAGUCCAACAUUCUCCAUGUUCAGAUCCUCCGAUUCUACUCGCCAGUCCAGUAAUGGUUCCCACACAGAUAUUAGGAGUCCCGGUGAUAAAAAACCUGAAUAUCCAGGAAAGACGGACCAAGUUCUGCCCUCAGAUGGAGACAGGAGGCCAGAGAGUCCAGAGUACAAAAGCGAAGAGAGGGAGCGGCGGAUGGAGGAGAGGAAAACAAAGGUGUUGAACAUGCUAUCCAAACUGCAGGACAGUGUGCCCCGGCGGAGCCGAGGGAGCAACAGCCACUCCGACUUCGAGGACUGUCAGUUUAUUACGAUGAGUGACACGUUUCUCUUUCAACCCUGGCCAGUAUGA